AUGGUAAUCCCUAUAAGUUUAUGCAAAUCAGCUGCUAAGAAAAUUCUUGAAGAACUUACCACUUUACUUACAAACAAGUAUAACUUAUACUCUUCCUUCGAAGAAGAUUUCAUCAACCUAAAAAAUGACAUGUCAGCCAUUUCAGCAGUACUUCUAGAUGCAGAAAAGAAGCAGGAGAAGAAUCACUUGGUUGAGGAUUGGUUGAAGAAGCUCCAGGAUGCGCUGCACGAUGCAGAAGACUUGUUGGAUGAUAUAAAUGCUGAAGCUUUGAGGCAGAAAGUGGAGGCUGAAUGUAAAAUAGUUACUGUGGUAAGAAACAUGUUUUUCUUUUCUGAUAUGGAUGUUAGAAUUAAGAAAAUCACAGUGAGAAUUGAUGAGAUAGCGAAUCGGAUAAGUAGUCUUCACUUGCAGAAACUUGAUCAACACCAGGAGACUGCUAGUAAUAGACAGAGGGUGAAUAGAACAAUCUCAUAUUUGAGAUGCAGCACUGAGGUUGUUGGAAGAGAAGAAGAUAAGAAAUAUGUGAUAGAAAGGUUACUAGGUGGUGGUAGUAAUAGUAAUAAUGUUGUUCUUCCUAUUGUCGGAAUAGGAGGGUUGGGGAAGACAGCACUUGUCAAUUUAAUUUUUGAUGAUGAAAGGGUCAAGAAUGGUUUUGAUUUGAGGUUUUGGGUAGAUGUGUCUGAUGAUUGGAAUAGAGACAGGGUUUGGCAGAAAAAAGUUGUUAGAGCUGUCGAUCGUUCGGAUGAGAUUGUUCAAGAUAUAGAUUUCUUGUCAUCAUGUCUUAAAGUGAGUGAGAAGAAAUUUUUACUUGUUCUAGAUGAUGUUUGGAAUUGUAAACGUAAGGAUUGGCUUGAUUUGAAGAAUUUGUUUUUGGCAAAUUGUGCAAGAGGAAGCAGAAUUGUAGCUACAACGCGCUACAAAAUUACUGCAUCUUUCAUGGGUGAAAAUGAAAUUGGAAACAGUUUGUAUCAGUUGGGUGGUUUGGCUGAUGGCGACUGCAGGUUGUUGUUUGAGAAAUGGGCGUUUGGAGAAGGAGAAAGAGUUCAACAUCCUAAUCUUGUUAAAAUUGGAGAAGAGAUAGUGAUGAAAUGUGAUGGAGUUCCUUUAGCGAUACGAACUGUGGGAGGCUUGCUAUCUGGAACUAAAGAUGAAUCUUAUUGGAUGUCAGUGAAAAACAGCGAUACCUGGAGUAUGAGCCAUUUGCCUGAAGAGGAAGAUGGUAUAAUGGCAGUUCUCAAGUUAAGCUAUGAUCAAUUACCAUCUCCUUUUAAAGAAUGUUUUGCAUAUUGCUCUUUACUUCCCAAAGGUAAAGAAUUUGAUAAGCAAGAUUUAAUCCAUUUAUGGAUGGCUCAAGGUUUUAUUCAACCAUCAAACAAUGAUCAAUUGGAAGAUGUUGGAAAUUGGUAUAUAAAUGAGUUUGUGUCAAGAUCAAUAUUUGAGAUAGUACAUGAGAAUCAUAAAACUGAAAUAGUAAAAUGCAGAAUGCAUGAUCUAUUUCAUGAUCUUGCUAAAUUAGUGGCAGGAAACUUGAUGGUUAACUCUGUUGCUUCAAAUAUGUCCGAAAGCACAAGACACAUUUCAUUUUGGGAUCAAGCAGCCAUAAGGGAAGAUCCAAGUUUGUUUCUCAAGUUACCAAAAUUGAGAACACUUCUGUUGUGUAUCAAAUUGGGACCUCAUUUGAAUGUCUUUCUCUCUGGUUCGACUUAUUUACGUGCAUUGGAUGUGAGCAACAUGGGAAUAACAAUUCUUCCUAAUAGCAUUGGUAACAUGAAACAUCUGAGGUAUCUAAAUCUAAACGGAAACAGCGAACUUCAGUUCCUUCCCAAUUCCAUCUGUAGCCUGCAUUUUCUACAAACUUUGAAGCUAUCAGGAUGCAGAAAAAUCAGUACCUUCCCAAGAAAAUUCAGCCACUUAGUUUCCCUUAGACAUUUGGUGAUAACCUCUCCAAAUGUUUUUGAGAAACAACUUGGUACAUUAACAUCACUUCGGUCCUUAACAAUUGAACAUUGCAGAAGCCUUGUUUCUAUGAACGAAGUAACUCAGAACCUGACUCUCCUUCGAACGCUGCGAAUUCACAACUGCGCUAAAUUAACUUCAUUGCCAAGUAGUUUGAAAAACUGCACUUCCCUUGAGAAUUUAGAAGUUGUAAACUGUCCUAUGAUGGAAUCAUUGGAUGUGUGCAUCGAAAGUCUUUCUAGUCUUCGUUCGUUAACAAUCAAAGGUUUACGCAAGCUGAGAACUCUACCAAGGAAGCCUGAAUUCUAUGCAACCAGUCUUCAGUAUCUGUUUAUCAUAGAUUGCGUUUCUCUCAUGACAUUGCCUGAUUUUGUGAGGAAUCUGACAUCGUUGAUGCGUGUACACAUUCGGUAUUGUCCCAACCUUCUAAAUUUACCGGUCGGAUUUGGGCAUCUUACCUCUUUACAAGUCUUGCAAAUUGAUGGAUGUCAUCUUUUAAGCAGAAGAUGCCAAAGGAUUGCCGGCGAGGAUUGGGAAAAGAUAGCUCAUGUGCGCGAAAUCUAUGUGGACAAUGUCAGAAUCUAG